AUGAGAGAAAUGGAGCUGGUGCAAGCUAGUGCAGAGCCAGCUAUGAAGAACAAACCUUGUGUUUUUUCAAGGUACGCGAGUGAUACGGAUCCCCUCAGUAUUCAUGAAGCAUAUUUCGUGAUAAGCGCCGGAGACCCCCUGAAGUGCGACGCGGGACGUGUGAGAAAAUUCACACCAAGGACCCUAAUCACGAACAAGUCGCGCGUUAGAGCGCUCUCGUUGGGAAGGUCCCACGAGAAGUUCGCGGAAACGACGGAGAGGUUCGGGAACAAGAAUUCGUGGACUUGUCGCGUGUGCUCGGCGACGUUUCCGCACGAAUUGCAACUGAAGAGUCACUCGAGGAGCCACCCUGUCUCCUGCGAGUAUUGCUACAUGCGGUUCCAGCUGAAGGGCGAGCUGCAGCGCCACAUUAAGCAGGUGCACAUGGGUCAGCGAGUGUACUUUUGCAGCCACUGCGACGUCGUGCUCAAGAACAAGAUAUCGCUGCACGACCACCAGGUGAGGAAGCACACGGAGGGCCGCAACUACGUGUGCCACGACUGCGGCAAGAGCUUCAAGAUGAAGAACGAUCUGUCCGUGCACGUGCGCAACAUCCAUGGCGAUGGGCGCGAGGCGGUGUGCGACGUGUGCGGCAAGACCUGCAGGAAUGAGUACGUCUUGAAAAGGCACUUAAAGUACGAGCACAACUACAGCUUCGGCUGCCAAGUGUGCAAGAGGAAACUGAGCACGCGCGAGUCGCUGCAGCAACAUCUGAAGCUGCACGAACGCAAACUCCGGUGCGAGGUGUGUCUGAAGCUCCUCUGCAACAAAAACACCUUGAGGCAGCACAUGAGGAUCCACGCGGACCUCAGGCCGUACGAAUGCACCGUCUGCGACAAGAGCUUCCGCAGGCAGUGCACGUACAAGCAGCACCUGAUCACGCACACCAAUGCCCGGCCCUACGUUUGCGACGUUUGCGGCCAGACUUUCACCCAGAAGCCGGGCCUGCUCUGGCAUCGAAAGAGACACCCUGGCCCGCUACCGCCGUUCCCGAACAUGUCCAUCGAUCACGUGAUAAAGCAUUUGCUGAAUGCGGGCAAAGAAGCGUGA